GGCUAUGCGUAUGCUCAUAAAGCGAACCCUAGUGAAAUCUUUGCUAACACUGAUUGGCAAGAAUAUGAAGGAAGAUUCAAAACCCCAACAGUUUUAAAAUACAAUGAUAAUUGGAAACUUGAAGGUUGGGGCGCUCCAGCUUUAACUGAAAGACCAAGAAGGAGGGGAAAUAAUAUUAGUAAAAAACCCGUUGAAUUGUUUAAGCUUCAUUUAGGAAAUAUGGAAAAUAAACCUUCACUCCCUCCUGGCCUUGAUUAUAAAACCGCAAUUACUGAUUAUUUAAGUGAGAUGACAAAAUCUCUUAAAACAACCUUAGAAACUCGUUGGCCAAUGGUUGACUUUUAUA